AUGUCCGGUGACAUCGUUGCUGCCUCACUUGAUAGCAAGACCAUUGAAUUGUUUUCCGGUUAUGGUAAAAAGUUGAUGCAUUAUGAAUCAUUGUAUGGUCACGAUGGUAGAGCAUCAACUGUACACUUUAUAAAUGAAACAUUACUAGUCAGUGGUUCAUGUGAUGAAAAUAUUUUUGUAUGGAAUAUUGAGUCAGAAGCUUAUGGCCAAGCUACAUAUCACGGUGAAGAAGUGAGCGCCUUUGAGGGUAGACGGCUUGAUCGUCUUAUCGUCGCGGAUUCCUCUCCUGUAAUUAAAGAAUACUCUGCUUGCUUUUGUGGUUAUCAUUCUUUUUUAUUCUCCCCUUUUCAUGUUCUCAUUUGA